ACUGACUGAAAUAUUUUACGCAGUCUACGAUCUCAGAGGGACGAGAGAUCGCCUCGUAUUACUUAUACGGCUUGUCAUUACAAUUUUAUCAGUAUCAAGAAAAGGUUUUCAAUAUAGUUGGAAAAAAAAAAACUAGAAAUUCGCCAACAUAAUACGCGAUCGACGUCGAGGUCGCGAAUUUACAGUGUUGAGUCCGCGACGUAUUCAAAAUGUUCUCUGGACUUACAAAUCAAGUAUCUACCUGGAUAGGUAAGAAAGGUGAGGAUGACACCGUUAUGCCAGAGGAAAAAAUUGGAUCACCUGGUGCCGGUGGUGAUUUAGAUGCAGAAAAAAAAGAUAACAGUCAACAGGGUGGCAGUAAACUUGAAAUGUUGGCGGGUGUAAAAUCGCAGAUGACCGGCUGGUUAAGUGGAGGAAUUCCUGGUUUAGGUCGCGGUGCAACUGGCCCAAAUGAAGGUGAAGUUCCAAUGGCAGGCGAGAUGAAUGAUAAUGAAGUUGCAAGGGAUUCUGCUCAGGGUGCAACAACAGAUAAUGUAAAAGAUGAUGAUGCAAGCAGGUGGGUUGCUGGUGCCACCGGUAGUGCUGACAGUGGUCCAGCAAGUCUCGAGGGUACGCCAACAGAAGAUAAAGAUGGACAGCAAGCGUUUGGAGCUGUUUCAACAAAAGCUUUGGCAGGAGCGAAGAGUCUUGGUGGAUUUUUAUACAGUGCAGUAAAUAAAGCUGGAAAAUCAGUUGUUGAAGCCAGUGCAAAAAUCAAGAAGACGGUUGAAGAAAAUAGACUGAUAGCUGAGUUAAACAAAGAACAAGAUGCUUUUAUCGCUGCCAAACCAAGUGAAAAAGGUGAAGCUGUUGCUCCAUGGGUGGGUGCACCAAAUGAAGAUGCAUUACGUGAUGAAUGCUUAGCCCUAUCAACCGAUAAACGUAAUUUUGUGAGAGCACCACCUCCAGGGGUUGAAUUUACAUGGGAUUUUGAGGCUGUUCAGCCAAUGGCACAAGCAACUCUUGCCUUAGACCCUAAUUUGGAACAAAUGAGGUUCGAGCUGGUUCCAAAAGUCAUAUCAGAAGAAAACUUUUGGCGUAAUUACUUUUAUCGAGUAUCACUUCUUCGACAAAGUCAUGAACUUAAUGCUAUGGCGAGCCAAGCAGAAAGUAAUCCCUCUCAAAAUCUUACAUCUACUGGUAGCAUCGACCAAACUCAAGUUCAAGUGACAACUGCUCAAGGAACGACUGGAGUGGAUUCAUCAACAAAAUAUUUAACAACAACUGCAGAUUCACCGAGCCAUGAAUUUGUUUCUGAUAGUGUUCAAGCUUCAGAUACAGAUAUUCAAGAAGUAAGGGAAGGCAUGAAAAAAUUAGGGAUGCAAACACUAAAAGAAGAAGAUUGGGAACGAGAAUUGGAAGCUGAACUCAAGGAUUUCGAAGUUGUUCCAGGCCAGGGAAAGAAUCAAUCAUCGACAGCAACGAAUUCUGGAAAAGACGAUUGGGAAGAGCAGAUUGAUGAUCUUCUUGGAGAUGAGGAAGAUCUCAAGUAAAAAAAAAAAAUAAAAAGAACUCGAGAAAAAUAUAUCAAAUAUUAAUUUUUAAGAUCU